CCUACGUACCCGAGGGGGUUGGAGAUCAGACGACGACAAUCACAAUCCUCAUUUAUGAUUUCUAUUUCUUCCAUUAUUGGAAUAGAUCUAUAGGUUGGCUAAAACAGUUCCUCUCUGCGUAUGAGCAAAUUGAUGAUCAUGGCAACAAAACAGUGGACAUUGGGAAGCUCUAUCUUGGUACCUUGCGUCCAGGAGUUGGCCAAACAACAUCUUGUCAUAGUUCCACCUCGGUAUGUACGUUCACAACACCCUCCAAUCAUCUCUAAUCCUGAUUCAAUUCCAACGAUUCCAGUCAUCGAUAUGCAAAGCUUACUUUCUGAAGAGUCCAUGGAUUCUGAGCUAUCUAGGUUGCAUGCUGCUUGCAAAGACUGGGGUUUCUUCCAAUUGGUAAACCAUGGAGUAAGUUCAUCACUGGUGGAGAAAACCAAGUUGGAGAUUCAAGAGUUCUUCAACCUCCCUCUAGAAGAGAAAAAGAAGUUUUGGCAACUCCAAAACGAAAUAGAGGGAUUUGGGCAGGCUUUUGUUGUAUCAGAGGACCAAAAACUUGAUUGGGGAGACCUUUUUUUCAUGUCGACUCUUCCAACCCAUCGGAGGAAGCCACACUUAUUUCCCAAACUCCCCCUUCCUCUCAGAGACACAUUGGAUUCUUACUCACAAGAAAUGAAAAGGUUGGCCAUGAAUAUUCUAGAGCUGAUGGCAAAAGCUCUAAAGAUGGAGGUUGGAGAGAUAAGAGAAUUGUUUGAAGAUGGGAUGCAAUCAAUGAGGAUGAAUUACUAUCCUCCAUGUCCAGAACCAGAGAAAACCAUUGGUCUUACACCUCAUUCAGACGCCUCGGGUCUAACCAUUUUGCUUCAAGUUAACGAAAUGGAAGGCCUCCAAGUAAGGAAAGAUGGGAUGUGGGUUCCAGUUAAACCUCUUCCAAAUGCUUUCAUAAUCAACAUCGGUGACAUUUUGGAGAUUUUUACAAAUGGAACAUACCGUAGUAUUGAACAUCAAGCAACAGUUAACUCGGUAAAAGAGAGGCUCUCAAUUGCCACAUUCUGCAAUCCGAACUUUGACAAAGAAAUAGGACCUGCACCAAGUCUGAUCAGCUCAGGAAACCCAGCAUUGUUCAGAAGAGUUGCAUCUGAGGAAUACUUCAAAGGUCUCUUUGCUCGAAAACUAGAUGGGAAGUCAUACAUUGAUGUCAUGAGGAUUCAAAAUGGAGAAAGCAAACAAUAGCUGGGUUAAUUUGCCUAUAAAUUAAUCUGAGGAUUGAGUAGAAAGGAUGUAAUUAAAUAAAUGUAAUAAAUCUAGUUAUUUCAGUAAACAAUUACAUAUAUUGAUGUCAUGUAACAGUAUUUCAGUAAACUAUUGCAAAUUUUGUGUAA